AGAGAGAGAGAGAGAGGGUGUGUGUGUGUCGAAGCCGCUGAAUCGAAGGACUGGGCUCUCAAUUGGGAUGCCCUUCGUCAAUCCGUCGGGAGGCUGGAGUGACACAACCGCUCGCUCCAUCGAGCUUCGUCAGGCCUUGUCUCUCCUGCACAGGUUCAGCUAGUGAGCGAGCGAGUGAGCGAGUGAAGGAUUGGCUCGCUGAAUUGUAAGCAGCAGGGACUCGAGGCGCGGCUGCUUCCCUGUUGCUCUUUCUCGUUUUGGCUCGCUCGCGGGGUCGAUCUCGCGAUCAUCGAUCAUCGUCCAGGUUCAGGAGCUUCAGGAGCGCUCGAUUGCACGCAGCCAAGCUUCGUUCGGUCCGUCGUCGAUCCGUGGUUGACGAUAUGCGCUUUCUGCCGGUGCACGUGGUCGCAUUUUUGAGGGAGUAAGUCGGAUCUGGAUAGCGAGGCGCAAGUGAGAUCAGAUUUCAAUUUCCAUUCAAGCUCCCAUUCAUCGGCAGCAGCAGACUCUCAGCUCGAAGGCUCGACUACCUCGGUGGGCGAAGCAGCCUGCCUUCAGGCCCAAAGCUGCCAUGGUAGCCCGAGUCUCGUUUCGGCGGUGACAGCAAGCGAAUGCAGGCUUCUUGCAGCCGCAGGCCCGUCGUCCGCCGACUCUAGUCCGCCAGCUCUCGAGUCGAGCAAGGUUGGAUUGUUAGUGUAGAUAUUUUAGAAGAUCGGACAGCAGAUUCACGAGCGAAUUACACAUCGUUGACCACAGAAGGGUCGGAUCUUCGUUAGCGCAGAAUUCAGAGGGGAGAAGUCCACGCUCGGGGACGCGGGAGCACAGGCGGGGCAAGGAGCAGAUUCGCGAGCGAAUCGCACAUCGUCGACCACAGAAGGGUCGGAUCGUGGGCGGCGCAGAAUUCCAAGCUUCGAUUUCAGAGAGGAGAAAUUCAAGCUCGGGGACACGGGAUUACAGGCGGGGAAGCAGAUUCGUGAGCGAAUUGCACAUCGUUGACCACAGAAGGGUCGGAUCGUCGGCAUUGCAGAAUUGCAAGCUUCAAUUUAAUUAGGAGAGGAGAAAUCCAGAGGCGGGCAGGAUGGUGAUGAUAUACGAGUACAGGAUUCCUCUUCCAUUCACGAUGGAGGAGUACGAGAUCGCGCAGCUGUACAUGGUGGCGAAAUACAGCGCCAGCGAGUCGACGGGCGACAGCGGCGACGGCGUGGAGGUGCUGAAGAACGAGCCGUUCGAGGACCAGGACCGCAAGGGCCAGUACACGCACAAGGUGUACCACCUGGCCAGCAAGCUGCCGAGCUGGCUGGUCAGCCUGCUGCCCAAGAAGGCGCUGAUUCUGGAGGAGGAGGCGUGGAACGCGUACCCGCGCUGCACGACCAUGCUCAAGUGCCCGUUCCUCAGCAAGUUCAAGCUCGUGGUCGAGACCAACCACGUCGCCGACCGCGCUACCACGGAGAACGCGCUCAACCUCGACCCGAAGACGGUGAAGAAGCGCCAGGUCGAGUACAUCGACAUCGCCAUGGACCAGGUCGAGAACUACGUCGAGGAGGAGGACCCGAGUUUGUUCAGCUCGAAGAAGACCGGUCGCGGCCCGCUCAAGGAGGGCUGGUCGCAGAAAUGCGAGCCGGUCAUGUGCGCCUACAAGUGCGUCACGGUCGACGUGCCCUACUGGGGCUUCGGGGGUCGGAUCGAGAAGUUCAUCGCGAAGAACGCCCAGCGCAAGAUCCUUUUGGAGGGUCACCGGAAAUGCUUCUGCUGGCUCGACGAGUGGCACGGCCUGACGAUGGCCGACGUCCGGCGCAUGGAGGCCGAGACCGCCGAGGCCAUGCGUCGCGCUCGAGCCGCGGCUCUGCGCCGGUUGAUGGAGGGCGGUGAGGGCGGCGACGGCGAGAACGGCGCCGUCGAGGGCGAGGAGGGCGAGGUGGAGAACGGCGCCCCCGGCGUCGACCCCGGCGCUAACGCAGGGGACGAUGGCGCCGCGCAGUCGCCCAGCGCCAAAUUGGCCUCGAGCACCAACAGCAUGCGCAGCCUGCGGCGCAAGCCGAGCAUGAGCCUGGUCGGGCCCUCGUUCUCGGUCGGCAUCACCACGCUCUCGGCCACGGACAAGGAGUUUCUCGACUCGCCCAAGGCCGCGCGGUCCAGCAGCUCCGCCCCUCCCAUGCCCUCACACAAUCAAUGGGAGUCGGCCUCGAAGCCUGCGCCGCCACCCGCCUCCGACGACAAAUUCGUCCGCCAGAAAUCGCAGCUCAUCCGCACUGGCUCCUCCGAGUCCUUCAACGCCAAUCACUACAACCAGAACCACUCUCUGAGCUGGGAGAUGCAGCAAUACAACAACGUCAAUGCCGACAUCGACGAGCAGGCCAGCAACGAGGUGUCCAAGUGCGUCGACGUUCUGGACCGCGCCAUCGGCUGGGCCAAGGCUCUUUCUCUGAAGAAGGGAACUCGGGGCAGCGGCAUUGUCACGCCCAUCAACGAGUCCGAGCAGCAGCAGCAGCAGGCGGUCCCGCCUCGCCAGUCCGUCGACGUUUUGGAGUCGACCAUGUCUUCGCUCAAGAAACGAACCGCCAGUAAGAAAAUCUAGAUCUAGAAUGUAGGGGUCCACCCAUUGACACACACACACACACACACACAUACGUGACGAUCGAAACGAAAUUCCUUAGUGUUGUGGAAAUUGUAAGAGUAGAAUAGAUCCUCACUUUCAAUUGAAUCAGAUUACAGGAAACAUGUGAUUCAUUGUCUGCAGUCACAUGUUUCCCAUCGCCGGGUACCAUUUACCCAAUUAAACGUCACUGCUAAUUAAGUAGUUUAGACACAGACACAGACCAACAGGACAUUCGAAUUCUUGUCUCUCACUUACUGGAAAUUGCAUCCCAGCACUGCCACAAUUCGUGGCUGGUGUACGUUCGUACUAUGACUUUCUUCACUAUUUAAGCUUAAUUUACGUGAGGCUCUCGGACCAGAGCCUCCAUACCGCAUCCUAACAUGCAACUUUGGC